CAUUCUGUGAACGAAGGAGCCUACUCAGUGCCAUAGUUUCCACAUGGCUUGUACAAAGAGCUACGUCAUCAAGCAAUUGCUUCAGCCCUCAAGUGGCUGUGUGAGUUUACUUGCAACAGAAAAACAAUUAGAGAGGGGGUAAAUGACGCUGAUCUGUGUGGCCCACGUCCCGACACGUAGCCACGCGUAAUAAACGCUGCCCGCUGCUUAUCAGCGUUACCCAACGACAGCAUUCGUUGUCGCAUAAUUGGGACUGACCGGAAACGCCGUUGUCGCCUGGUCGGCAUUCCGAACAGCGUCCGCUGAGAUAUCGGCCACUGUUUUGUAGCGUAGCGCGCGUCUUUGGGAAGAGGCGACGCCGCCGACUCGCGACAACUUGGACGCGCCUGGUCGGAGCCGAGGAACGACAAGACGACGGCUGCGGAGGCCGCGGAAGGGAGCCCAAAAGACUCUCGUGGCUGAGUCACCCCGGGGGCUUUUCCCGCGCAUCGCCGCAUCCCGAGAGCGCCGGCGGGGGAUGACGACAGCAGACGACGCUGUCCGAUCCGGCGGCAGCAGCGGGCGUUGCGAUCCGAUGCAUCCGGCGAGCAUCGCGGCGGCCUGGCUUGCUCAGCUCGCCGAUCGAUGUCGCGAGCUGAGGCAUUGCGCGCGGACGCUCCUCGUUCUGCCGCCGUGUUUCGACUGCUACGCCCAGAGUCCCGACGCGUGCACGAAGGUCGCCCAAGGUUCGUCGGCGGAUCUAUCUUCGCCCGGUCUGGAGCAAAGUUGCGUAGCCGCCGGUGUCGGCACCUGGACCGCCGCCGCGUUGGGGUCGCCGGCGUCAGCGCUGACGGGCCAAGUUCAGCGCCCACGACAAGCUGUCAACGUCGAGCCCGUGGCGGGCCUUCAACGUUGCUCCGCGAGUCGUGAGACGCAGACAGCUCUGGGAUCGGUGUGCACCUCUUGCAAGGCCCGCAGGCCCGCAGACGGCCCCCUGCAGCUGCGCCUGGGCAUGGCGGCCGACGUGAGCACGCUGUUUUGCAACGACGGCCGUGAGUGGGGCAGCUACCUGACCGACUGUUUCCGGCAACAGUCGCUCACCGUCACCCAGGAGGCGCUGGACGCCAUCUCUCUGCCCUUGCCUCAGGAUAGGGCCAAGGCUUUGGGCGCCGCUAAGGUCUCUCUGCUGAUCGUGUCUCCGGACCUCCUGGAGCUGCUGGAGCGGCGUGGCGCCGAGCUCUUCUCAGUGGGCCGAUUGCUGGAAGCGGAUCGGGGUUUGGCUAUGCUGUGCGGCGUGGAGCCGCACGAGCUGGGUUCGUCACUCCGCGCCGCUUUCCCCAAUUUCUCGUCGUGGCCGCUGCUGGAGGCGCGCAACCAGGACCGCGAGUUCGUCAUACGCCUCGUCGAGACGGCCCGCGAAAUUGUGGAGCGUGCCGAUCACAGCAUGCGGGCCGCGGGAGCUGGAACGCCCCAGUUCCGCCUCUGUCCGCGGAAAGUGCACCAGGGAAACACAAAGGUAUUUGCCAUGCUGAACGAGCCAGUGGAACAAACUCAGAAGUUCCAGGUGUUAUUCGAGAGCUCCGGAAUGCAUGACCUACCCGUAAAAUGGAGGAAUCCCUACGUUCUGCAGUUUACAGUUCCAGAGACCUUCCUGCAGGUCUCGAAAGUGGUCAACGUGCAGCUCCGCUGCGAUGGCGCGCUGCUGGGCGUGCGCCAGCUCAAGUGCGAGUCGCAGAUGUCGCAGCUGCACGUUCUGCUCCAGUCGGCUACGUCGCCAUACGAGAUGCUCAGCCUCACGCUCGGCCUGGCCACGCUGCACGACGUGGACACGGCGCUGGCGACCAACCUGCGCCGCAACCUGCCCGCGCGGGGCUUCCACCUGCUCGGGCCGCAGCAGCAGAUCGCCCCGGAAAAGAAGCGCAGUGAAGAACUCUUGCCAACCCUGCUUCAUUUUGCUGCCCACUACGGACUCCACGAACUGAGCUUGGCACUCCUGCAGUGCCCAGGUGCCAGCGCUUGCUGUCAGAUGCUGAAUUGCAAAGGUCACUCACCCGCUCAGCUUGCAUCAAAUGCGGGACACCAUCGGCUUGCUACCACGAUCAACGACUUCCAAUCAAGAGCGUCUACACCUGCGGUGGAAGAGGACGCUCCUGUUCUCCCUCCAGCGCGAGUCCAGUCCAACCCGGGCAGAGGCAGUCCGCCUCGGAUGCACUACGAGAACGUGACCGUGGGCGGCGGCCACUACGCAAGUCCCGGCGCCGCGCGGGGCGCCCCCGUGUGCAACCCAUCGUACGGGCUUGCGCCGCCGCUGCCUCCGCUGCCGCCCGCGGCCCCGGAGCCGCAGUCCGCCGACGACGACCAAGAGGCCGAAUACCUGAGCAUGCUGCCGCAAGUCGAGGCGCCGCCCAAAGGACAAAGCUCGGUAACAAGCCAAAGUGAUCCAGAUGACGAAAAAAAUGAUACGAGUUCCACAACUGGACAAACUGGCCAAGGUACACCGGACAUAGUCUUCUCAAAUACGCAGGAGGACCUGGUUCGCAUAAUAGAAAUGUACAAGAAGGGUGUGCCCUUCUCGCAGAUUGAGAAGCUGUUUGACGACUGGAAGAAGAACAAUGAAAAUUCCAAGAGUAUUGAUGAUAGCAACCUCCAGGCUCUUCGUGAGCUUUACAAGCAGAAGCAACGUGCAGCGCAGGCAGCCAAGCAGUCAUUCAGUCUCAGUGACCUCAGGCAAAUUAUCACCGGCAAAGGAAACAGGCGCGGAAGCCGGAGCCGUGACAUCCAGCACACGACGCUUCCUAAUAUGAAGCAAGACGACUCCACUGACGGCUGUCGACGUGUCAGCACGCUUAGUGCCGUCUCAACAUCCAGCAGUGGCAGCUCCACUUCGAGCGACCGACUGAGCACGCUGAGCUCGAUGAGCGCGUACGACAGCGGGGCGCACUCGGACUCGUGCGAGGAAGGACGGCCGCCGCCGCGGCCCCCGCGACUGCCGGCGCCGCGCAACCCCAAGGCGGCGACGCACCAGUACUACGCCUUUGCGCCAGGCAGCGCCGACCGCAACGCGUCUCACCACCACUCGCUGGCUUCACCGCAGGCCGGAAACGUUGCAGCAUCCACCGUCUCAGAAGUCAGGGCGAACAUCAUACCGUCCAGCAUCUCGCUGCAUGGCAAUAUGAGCACAUCAGGUAGGUUUGCGAUUGAAAAAAUUAAAAAAACUCUGUGAAAAGCUCUCGCUCAC